AUGGUCAUUGAAAGCAACAGUAGUUUCAUUGUGGCCCUGCAGAGCUAACGCCAUCACACGCAGUGACGACGACAAGGCGAGCUUGCAAAUUGAUGGCCGCAACAACAGCAGCGUUUAUUUGCACUUAUCGGAUCUCCCCAGAACGCCAAUGGAAUAAUAGCGCCCCGGAUUUUUAAGUGCACUUUAAACGGUGCAGCAGUGAGGUCAGCCCAGAAACUGCAGCAGAGGUAACUUGGAGGUCAGUCAGGACAAGAUGCGAAAUCGCCGCCUCCGCUGCCGUCGUCCCAGCUGACUUGCAAAAAAACGCUGCAGGUCAAAGGUCAAAGCUGAUAGAUAAUGGGCUGUGUGCAAUGCAAGGAUAAAGAAGCAAGCAAACUGACGGACGACAGAGAGGCCGGCGUCUCCCAGUGCGCGGGCUACCGCUAUGGGGCCGAGCCCACGCCGCAGCACUACCCGAGCUUCGGGGUCACCGCCAUCCCCAACUACAACAACUUCCACACACCCGUCGGACAGGGCGUGACCGUUUUUGGCGGGGUCAGCACUUCCUCUCACACCGGAACCCUCAGGACCCGCGGCGGGACAGGAGUCACACUCUUUGUGGCACUUUACGACUACGAAGCGCGAUCGGAAGAUGACCUCAGUUUCAGAAAAGGAGAAAGGUUCCAGAUUAUCAACAGCACCGAAGGGGACUGGUGGGACGCUCGCUCCCUCACCACCGGCGGCAGCGGUUAUAUUCCCAGUAAUUACGUGGCUCCGGUGGAUUCCAUCCAGGCUGAGGAUUGGUACUUUGGCAAACUGGGCCGAAAGGAGGCCGAGAGACAGUUGCUCUCCACCGGGAACCCGCGGGGCACCUACCUCAUCCGGGAAAGUGAAACCACAAAGGGUGCCUUUUCCUUGUCCAUACGGGACUGGGACGACGUGAAAGGCGACCACGUCAAGCAUUAUAAGAUCCGCAAACUGGACAGCGGCGGCUACUACAUCACCACCAGGGCUCAGUUUGACUCGCUGCAGCAGCUGGUUCAGCACUAUUCCGACCGAGCCGCCGGUCUCUGCUGUCGCUUGGUGGUUCCCUGCCACAAAGGGAUGCCCCGCCUCGCCGACCUGUCGGUCAAAACCAAAGACGUGUGGGAGAUCCCGCGCGAGUCGCUGCAGCUGAUAAAGCGUCUCGGGAACGGGCAGUUUGGGGAAGUCUGGAUGGAGAGUGCGGACGGUUUGUGCUUGAACUUAACUGGCGUGUGUGUGAACUCCCUCCCCGACACCGUGGGCUUGAGUCAUGACGCCUGGGAGAUCGCGAGAGACACGCUUGAAUUGGAGUUAAAGCUGGGCACGGGAUGUUUUGCCGAGGUUUUUUACGGAACCUGGAACGGCACCACCAAGGUGGCGGUGAAGACUCUGAAGCCCGGCACCAUGUCCCCCGAGUCCUUCCUGGAGGAGGCUCAGAUCAUGAAGAAGCUCCGCCACGACAAGCUGGUGCAGCUGUACGCCGUCGUGUCUGAGGAGCCCAUUUACAUCGUCACCGAGUACAUGGGCAAAGGGAGUCUACUGGACUUUUUGAAGGACGGAGAGGGGCGAGCCUUGAAGUUGCCCAACCUCGUGGAUAUGGCUGCCCAGGUGGCGGCGGGUAUGGCUUACAUCGAGAGGAUGAAUUACAUCCACCGAGACCUGCGCUCUGCCAACAUCCUGGUGGGAGACAACCUGGUGUGUAAGAUCGCCGACUUCGGCCUCGCCAGACUCAUCGAAGACAACGAAUACACAGCUCGGCAAGGUGCAAAGUUCCCCAUCAAGUGGACCGCCCCGGAGGCGGCGCUCUACGGCAAGUUCACCAUCAAGUCGGACGUGUGGUCAUUUGGCAUCUUGCUGACGGAGCUGGUCACCAAGGGGCGAGUGCCUUACCCGGGCAUGAACAACCGCGAGGUGCUGGAACAGGUGGAUCGAGGCUACAGGAUGCCCUGCCCCCAGGACUGCCCCAUCUCCCUGCACGAGCUCAUGCUGCAGUGCUGGAAGAAAGACGCGGAGGAGCGGCCCACCUUCGAGUACCUGCAGGCCUUCUUGGAGGACUACUUCACAGCCACCGAGCCUCAGUACCAGCCUGGAGACAACCUCUAGAUCUAGAACGUUCUUCCCCUCUGCCUUGACGUUGGAACUAAAUGCAAAGACAAACAAAGAAAAAAAAGACAAACUGGAAUCUUCCUGGACUUGCCACUGUUUUAUUUUCAGGAGGGUCUGCAAAAGCAUCCUUUGCUCAACUCCAUCUUUUCAUUUCGUAGGACGACCCCCCCCCCCCGCCCCCCUCCCUGAACUCUGCAAUGUGAUGCUAAGAGGUGAGCUUGAAUGAUGCAAUGCCACACUUCUAUUCAGUGUAAAUAAUUUUUUCAAGGAUUGUUUUAAUUUGUCUGUUUGCUUCAGUGCGUUUUUCAUCUGCCAAAAGCGAAGGUUAAGAACCAUUUCAUCCGUCUCUGCGGGGUGUGUAAUUCCCAAAGAUUCCCUUUCAUUUUUUUUCCCCCCCCGUCCUCCAUCAGAUUACAUUUUCCGUUCUGUUCUCGUUCUCCUGAGGCCGUUUUAUUUUUGCUUCGCCCAGACUGCUUGUUGUCUUCUCACUCCUGCUGUCUGUCUGUCUGGAAUGACAUGAUACAAAUUUUUUUUGGGGGGGCCCUGUACAGAUUGCCAACAUAUCCCUCCCUCCCUUUUUAACAUUUUCGCAAAUUGUGAGCAGGUGGAAAAGUCAUUGUCACACAAUCAGGCAUACUUUUUUUGCACCUUAUUUCCUCAUGUAGUGGAAAUAUGGUUCAUAUAGUUGCCAGGUGCAACAGCUGGUUUUAAAAAUAAAAGCCUCUGCGCAAA